UUUUAAUCAAUCGGACACUAUUUCACACUACAUUCCCCUGUUUUAUUCCUAUCUAUUGAGCUCCACUCUUGAGCUCUGCUGACCCCCAUCAAAGCACCCAAGAAGAAAAUGGCCAUAAUUGGAGACCCAGCGUUGGGAUUUUUCAUCACAGUGGUCCUGGUGUGCCUUCAGGAAUCAUGGGCCAUCAAAGAGGAUCAUGUGAUCAUCCAGGCCGAAUUCUACAUGAAACCUGAUGAGUCAGGCGAGUUUAUGUUUGACUUUGACGGUGAUGAGAUUUUCCACGUGGAUAUGCAAAAGAAGGAGACGGUGUGGCGGCUUAAAGAAUUUGGUCAAUUUGCCAGCUUUGAGGCUCAGGGUGCAUUGGCCAAUAUCGCUGUGGACAAAGCCAACCUGGAAACUAUGAUAAAGCGCUCCAAUCACACCCCGAACUCCAACGUACCUCCAGAGAUGACUGUGUUCCCGAACAACCCUGUGGAACUGGGAGAGCCCAAUAUGCUCAUCUGUUUCAUUGACAAGUUCUCCCCACCUGUGGUCAACGUCACGUGGUUUCGAAAUGGGAAACCUGUCACAACCGGAGUGUCAGAGACAGUCUUCCUGCCCAGGGAGGACCACCUUUUCCGCAAGUUCUACUAUCUCCCCUUCCUGCCCUCAAAUGACGACGUCUACGACUGCCAGGUGGAGCACUGGGGUUUGGACGAGCCUCUUAUCAAGCACUGGGAGUUUGAAGCACAAACCCCCCUCCCAGAGACAACAGAGAACGUGGUGUGUGGCCUGGGCCUGGUUGUGGGUCUGGUGGGCAUCAUUGUUGGGACCGUCCUCAUCAUCAAGGGCAUGCGCAAGGGCCAUGCUGCUGAACGCCGAGGGCCACUGUGAGGCACUUGCAGGUAAUGGACUUUCUUAAGGAGAAGCUCAAUGAAGAGAUUUCUGCUUUAUAUCUUUACAAACCUGGCACUUCUCCAGUUGUUCACCUCAGUGAGGACAACCAUUCUUCAGCACUUUCCAACCCCUAAAUCAGUCUAAGAGUAGCGAUGCCAUUUUGAUCUCUCCAUAUUCCAGGAUCUAGUUGGGCUGCCCUGUCCAUUGCCCCUUUCUAUAUCUGUUUUCCCUCCAUUUCCCAUUAACUUCUUUACUAUCAGCAUGCAAUGCCCCUGCAAUAGGCCCCAUAGAUCUUUUCUUUGCUAUGAAAACAUCUGUAUAUUUCUUGCUUGGGAUUUCAAACUGUGAUUGUGGUUUUUCUAAAUACAAUAAACUAUUCCAGGCGGA